UAACUUCCUUUUUCUUCUUCUUCGAGUGAAAUCUUGAGAUAAGCAAAGAACCCAAAGAAGAAAACAAGAGAGCUUAAGAUAAAAAAAACCAUUGCCAUCAACAGCGACAACACCAGGUAAACUUCACUUUCAGUUGUUAUUACUACUGAUUGUAUUUUUCCCCGUAGAGCAACAGAGAGAGAGUUUAAAAAAGGAAAAGAAAAAAAAAGAAAGAAGUCCUGUUUGGUGACUGAAGAAUAAAAUGGAGGAGCGAAAUAGCUGAAUCUACAACUGUUUAAGUUUUCUCCUAAAACUUGUUGAUCAAUCAGACUCCAAAGGCAAAAUAUAGUUUGGGCAUUUUACCCGUUACUUUUUCAGAAUCCGAACGAAGUUCAAUAGAUCCUUACCUCUGAUAUGGAAAUCAGGGAUGAUAUAUAUGAUUGGAAGUCAAGAACAUCUUCUAAUUGACUGGUUUUCCAAUGGGUCAAGAAUUUCGAUACUGGUGUCCAAUGGAAACCCGGAGAUUGCUAUGGCUUGUGGGAGUGAUGUUUGUUGUGAUAAUGAUAUUCCAACUUUUAGAAGUACCAGCUGGUAAUAUUCUAUCAUUUAUAUCUUCUGUUCAUAAUGAUCAAAUAGCAGAAAAUGGUAACUUGUUAAGAGAUGAUGCAUUAUCAAAAUCUGAUAUGGUCAGUAACAUGACUUUAUUAAAUGAUUUGAAUUCGACUUAUGCUGAUGAUGUGCAUGAGAGAGCUGGCAAAUAUGGAAAAGAGAAGGAUGCUGGUGUAAACUAUGACUUUGAAUCAGAAGCAAGUGUAGUUUCUAACCACUCUUCAGGAAUAGACAGCCACGAUAAAGAGUCUUCACUUCACCAGGUGCUACAACCAAAUGGAACCCUGAAUCCCAUCAACAAUUUUGGUGAAAUAUCUGUAUCAGAUGAAACUGGACACAGAUUUUCUAGAGAAAAUAUGAGUUUGCCAUUAGAAAACACCAGAACAUCAGAUGCAAAUAAUGACCUUGUAUCGGAAGCAAGUAUAGGCAUGAACCCUGAGAUAGACAACCAUGAUGAUGAUGAUGAGGACAACGAUGAUGACGAGAACGACUCUUCAUUGCAGCCCUCUAUACAUUCAGCAGUGGAUACUGCUAGCAAUCCAGGUAAUAGUUCAGAACCAGAUGAAACUGGGAAGAGUUUUUCUGAUGAGAAUUCCAUUUUCUUAUCCGAAAAUACUAGAAUUUCCAAUAGUGGAAUUGCAUCCAUUGUGCCUGUCUUACCACCAGAAAAUUCUUCACCCAAUGUAACGUUUCCAAGGAGUGAGGAGUCUAGUAUUAGAACUCCUGUUGCACAUAUUGAUUCUAACACUUCUUCCUUGGAUAAAGAUUCAAUGUCCAAUUCAGACAAUCAUGGAAAAUCAGGCAAACUGCAAAAUAAUAUCGCCAAAUUGAAUGAAAAUUCUCCUGUGACUACCAAUUUCGAGUUGAAGAAAAUGCCUAAAUUGCCAAUCUCAGGGGUGAUUUCAGUUUCUGAGAUGAACAGCUUACUGCUUCAGAGUUGGUCUAGUUCUAGCUUAAUGAGAUCAAGAAGGAAUUCAGCAGUUGACCAAGAGCUACUACAUGCAAAAUCACUGAUUGAAAAUGCUCCCAUUGUAGAAAAUGAUGCUGUACUUUAUACUCCUCUUUAUUGGAACUUCUCCAAGUUCAAAAGGAGCUAUGAAUUAAUGGAAAAUAUGCUGAAAGUUUAUAUUUAUAAGGAAGGAGAAAAGCCAAUAUUACAUCAGCCAGUACUCAAGGGAAUAUAUGCUUCAGAGGGAUGGUUCAUGAAACAUUUGGAAGCUAGCAAAAAAUUUGUCACAAAAAAACCAAGGAAAGCCCACCUGUUUUACUUACCUUUUAGUUCUCGAAACUUGGAGUUAGAGUUAUAUGUUCCUAAUUCACAUAAUCAUAAGGGCCUAGUAGAAUAUUUGAAGAAUUAUUUGGACAUGAUCGUGGCAAAAUACCCUUUCUGGAACAGAACUGAAGGAAUGGACCAUUUUCUUGCUGCUUGUCAUGACUGGGCCCCAUCUGAAACAAGAAAAGUCAUGUCAAAUUGUAUAAGAGCCCUCUGCAAUGCUGAUGUUAGAGAAGGUUUUGUUUUUGGCAAAGAUGUGUCUCUUCCAGAGACAAAUGUGCGCAUGCCUCAGAAUCCUCUUAGAGAUCUUGGCGGCAGACCUCCUUCCCAGAGAUCAAUCCUGGCAUUCUUUGCAGGCAGCAUGCACGGGUAUCUACGGCCAAUCCUGUUGAAGCACUGGGCCAAUAAAGAUCCUGACAUGAAAAUACUUGGUAGGAUGCCUAAGGCCAAAAGGAAAAUGAACUAUGUUCAGCACAUGAAGAGCAGCAAGUAUUGUAUUUGUGCAAGAGGUUUUGAAGUCAAUAGCCCAAGAAUUGUGGAGGCCAUUAUGUAUGAGUGUGUUCCAGUGAUAAUAUCAGACAAUUAUGUGCCUCCAUUUUUUGAGGUCUUAAAUUGGGAAUCUUUUGCUGUUUUCAUCCUAGAGAAGGAUAUUCCAAAUUUGAAGAACAUACUUCUUUCAAUACCCGAGAAAAGGUUUCGACAGAUGCAAAUGAGGGUCAAAAAGGUCCAACAGCAUUUUCUUUGGCAUGCUAGGCCUGUCAAGUAUGAUCUCUUCCAUAUGAUACUUCACUCGGUUUGGUACAACAGAGUAAUGCAGCAGAGAUAAAUAAGAAAGUUUGCAGAUUAUGGUUAUGGACGAUUCCAAUUGGUUGUGGAUAUUGAGAAAAUUUGUGUACAUUAGACAUAAAUUUGGCAGAAAAUAAAUAUCCUUUGUUGUAUAUGUUAGGCUAUCUUUCUCUUGUAAAUGCUUAUAGAUACAGCUGAUUUUUACUUUCUUAUACCCAUUGAAAUAAAGAUUUUUGGGUGCAAAA